UAAUUCGGUUGAGCAUUAGAAAAUUUUGAUUGCUGUCUUUCUCAAAUUAAAACUUUGUGAUGCAUGACUAGCUCUUCAAAUAUAUUAUCAAUUUUUUUUUUACUUUUAAUCAAGAGAACCCCCAAAAUAAUUUAAAAGUUUUGAAAAGAACAUGGACGGACCAAAGGUUCUGGAAGGAAGACUUCCUCAUUACGAAGAAAGCACCAUUUGUGUUUCUAAAACUUCACAAUAGUCACAACUGCAUAUAGAUCGCUCGAACACAUAACUUGAAAUAUAACUUUUUAAGUCUCCUUCAAAUUUAUAUGUGGACGUCCAAGACAAGCGCAAAUCUAGAAACAGAGACAAGAAAGCACAAGUGAACGACAGAUGAGUGGACUCCGAUAAUAUAAAAAACAUAAUCUAAAGAAUUUGUUUUAUGGUAAACCCAAACUAAUUUUAUAUGAAAAAUAAAAAUAAACAACUUAUUUGAACAAUACCCUAAAUUAUGUAAUAUUAUAAUGUUAUUUGUAUGUAUAAAAAGUAUAACAACACUUAAAAAACUUCAAUUGUACGAACGGUGUUAUCAAGCCGGCCCUCAACAUUCAUAUGUAAUAUAAAGAUGAUAAUUAAUUAGUAUAUAUAGUUCAAUACAUUGUUAACUUGAACCUGUGGAGGGAAACGAAGCUUGAAGGAAGUGGCAAAUUCAAAAAAGCUUCAGAAAGCUGUUUUGUUAUUCAAAAGACGAAAGCAAAAGGAGGAUAUAAUUUAUUAUAUAAAAAACAUACAAGAAUAUGAUAUUUAAUUAAUAAAAAUUUAAAGGACAAACAACAUCAAAAGUAUGAAACCAACCAACAAUAUAAAACCAUAGCUUGCUCCUUCCUCAUCUAUUGGAUACGUCUUUCAUACUAAACUAUAUCUUUGUCACACUAAGUUUGCUUCCUCUUCCUUGACGCUUAAAAAAACUUCAAAGUCUUUUUGUUUGUCAGUGGUUUUGUGAUGCGUACAGGGGCUUAUACCGUGCACCAGACGCUAACACCAGAGGCUGCUUCAGUUCUGAAGCAAUCUCUAACCUUAGCAAGAAGAAGAGGCCAUUCUCAGGUCACACCUCUUCACGUCGCUUCGACGCUUUUAACCUCCACAAGAUCAAAUCUUUUUCGAAGGGCAUGUCUCAAAUCUCAUCCUCUCACAUCCCUCGGUCGCCAAAUAGCUCACCCUUCUCUCCAUUGCCGAGCCCUCGAGCUCUGUUUCAACGUUUCCCUCAACAGGCUUCCCACCGAUCCAAACCCUCUGUUUCAGACUCAGCCUUCUCUCUCCAACGCCUUGGUCGCAGCUCUGAAGAGAGCACAGGCUCACCAGAGGAGAGGGUGCGUGGAGCAGCAGCAGCAGCAGAGCCAGCAGAACCAACCGUUCUUGGCGGUUAAAAUCGAGCUAGAGCAGCUCGUUGUCUCGAUUCUUGAUGAUCCUAGUGUGAGCAGAGUGAUGAGAGAAGCUGGACUCUCUAGUGUGUCCGUGAAGAGUAACAUAGAGGAUGACUCCUCUGUUGCUUCCCCUGUUUUCUACGGCUCUUCUUCCUCCGUUGGUGUAUUCUCUUCUCCUUGCUCUCCUACUUCUAGUGAUAACAAUCAAGGAGAAGGGACUUUAAACCCUAACCCUAAUAAGUUCUGGCAGUCUCAUCAUCACUCCUUUCAUUUCCCUAAAGGAAAGAACUCUACUCAAGAUCAAGACGCAAACCCAGUCAUCGAAGUGCUUAUAGGGAAGAAGAACAGCAAGAAGAGGAACACAGUCAUAGUUGGAGACUCUCUGUCUCUAACAGAAGGAAUAGUUUCAAAACUCAUGUCUAGAGUUGAGAGAGGAGAAGUUCCAGAUGAUUUAAAGCAAACCCACUUCAUCAAGUUUCAGUUUUCUCAAGUUGGGUUGAGUUACAUGAAGAAGGAGGAUAUAGAGGGACAAGUCAGAGAGCUGAAGAGGAAGAUUGAUUCUUACACUUCUUGGGGUGGCAAAGGUGUGAUUGUUUGUCUUGGUGAUCUGAACUGGGCGGUGUGGAGCGGUCCUAAGAGCGCGUCUUCAUCGCAUUACAGCGCGGCGGAUCAUCUAGUGGAGGAGAUAGGGAGGUUGGUUUUUGAAUGUAGCAACUCAGGAGCUAAAGUUUGGCUAUUGGGGACAGCUUCUUACCAAACGUACAUGAAGUGUCAGAUGAAGCAGCCUCCACUUGAUGUUCAAUGGGCUCUUCAAGCUGUUUCAGUUCCUUCAGGAGGACUCUCACUAGCCCUCCAUGCUUCCAGUGGUAACCAAGUAAUGGAGAUGAAGCCUUUCAGAGUUAAAGAAGAAGAAGAGGAAGAAGAUAAACUCAGUUUUUGCGGAGAAUGUGCUUGUAACUAUGAGAAAGAAGCAAAAGCUUUUAUAUUAGCUCAACAUAAACUCUUACCACCGUGGCUGCAACCUCAUGGUGAUGCCAACAACAUUAACAAAAAGGAUGAACUGAGUGGACAGAGGAAGAAAUGGAACCGGUUCUGUCAAGAUCUUCACCACAAGAAACAGAGCAACUCUGUUUUACCGGAUGCCUUUGUGGACUCACGUGCAUCUAGUUCUGUGGCUAAGUUCAGACGACAAAACUCGUGUACUAUCGAGUUUAGUUUCGGGAGUAAUCAUCAAGAAGGUCUAAAGAAGAAUCUAACCGAUGAACUGAGUUUGGAUGGGUUCAAGAUUAGCAAUGAUGAAGGUGUGGAGACCAAGAUUACUCUUGCACUUGGCCAUUCUCCGUUUCCAUCUGAUGUAGAGAAAGAAGAAGAAGAGACAGAGAGAGAGAUUACAAUGAGACAAUUAUCAGAGAAGCUUCACGAGAACAUUCCAUGGCAACGACAAGUUCUUCCUUCAGUGGUUGAAGCCAUGGAAGAAUCUGUAAAGAGGAGAGAUGUUUGGAUGCUUCUUUCAGGAAACGACGUGACUGCGAAAAGAAGAUUGGCUCUUACAAUCGCAACUUCUCUUUUCGGGUCAGUCGAAAACAUGCUGAAGAUUAAUAUGAGAACAUCCAAGGCAGGUGAAGUGUGCGAGGAGCUGGAGAAGGCGUUGAAGGACAGAGAAAAGGUUGUUGUUUUGAUAGAGAGAGUUGAUUUAGCCGAUGCCCGGUUCGAGAAGCUCCUCGUUGAUCGAUUCGAGGCUGGAGAUUUGGAUGUUUCUCAAGGAAAGAAGAGACAAAUGAUCUUCCUUUUGACGAGAGAAGAUGAAGAAUGUGUAGAGAAGGAGCAUGUUGUCAUACCAAUGAUGUUGAAGUGUAAGAAAUCAAGUUCUAGUUUGGUCAACCACAAGAGGAAAGCAGAAUCUGAUGCUACGCUGACGAUGAUUAAGACGAAGAGUCCAAGAAUCCAAGAGGAGGAGGAUGUGUCUUGCAACACAAGCAACAUCAAGAAUGAGUUCUCAAGGCAGUUGAGUUUGGGAUCAAAUAUUCUAGACCUCAACUUAAGAGUUGAUGCUGAAGAAGAAGAAGCUAAACCGGUCACUCCAAUCUCAAGCGGGUUUGAAGAACGUUUUCAAGGCUCGAUCAAGAACCGGUUUGAUUUCACAGUUUUGUCGAACGAAGAUAUAACUGAUUUUUUCAUGGCGAAGAUCAAAGAUUCGUUCGAGGAGAUUCUCGGGCAGCAGGAAGAGAGAUUCGGGUUCACCGUCGAUGCGGAGUUGAUCGAGAAGUUCUACAAAGGGUGUGGGGUUUUUGCUAACAGUUUGUUCGAAGAGUGGGUGAAAGAGGUUUUUCAAACGGGCUUAGUAACGGUCAAAAACGGCGGGAAAGAGGGCAUUAGUGUAAUUAACCUAUGUUUGGGAGGUAUAGAUAUGAUUGACCAAGGGGAGAAGGUAUACGAGGAGGAAGGUUUCAUGGGCACUUGUCUACCCAGUAGAAUCCAUGUUUUCUUUGAUGGUUAGCUUUGGCUUUAACUACUGUUUUCAGUUUCUAUUUAUGAUCAUAUAUAUUACAUAACUUGCUAUUAUAAUCAUAUCAAUUAUGAUCUCAAGAAAAGUUGAACUUGACCGCA